GAUUUGCAUUUGCUGUAAAACAUUAUCUGCGUGAAGAGGAUGGAAGCAGAUGCAAAGAUGUUAAACCUUUUAUUUCGGGCAUAAAGUCAUCUUUACCAGGAUUUAUAAAUUUGAAGGAACAAGAUGCGGCUGAAAAAAACGAAGUUCAGAAGAAGAAAGACCGGGUGUGCUGGCUGUUCAAAAUUUACGAAAGGCCGAAUUCACCUAUUAAUCACAAUCUUCCCUUAGAAAUUUCUUUAUAUAUUUCUGAUUAUAUUUCAACUCAAAUUCUGAAAGAGAGGAUUAGUGCCCCAAUAAGCAAUAAUUUGUUAACAAAUGUUAAUACGUUGAUAGAAUGUUUGUCGUGUUUUGAAAGAAUUUUGAGAUCACCGAUUCCUUUGGCAUAUUCCAUUCAUUUAACCCAAACGGUAUGGAUUUAUUGUCUCUCCUUACCUUUCCAAAUGGUUAGUCAAGUUGGCUGGUCAACUAUUAUUAUUGUAUUUGUUGCUACUUUUAUUUUGCUUGGUAUCGAAAGAAUUGCUGCAGAGAUUGAAAAUCCUUUUGGUUAUGACCCAAAUGACUUAAAAUUGGGCGAUUUUUGCAGAAUUAUCGAACGAGAACUCAAAAUCAUCAUAAGUCAUCCUCCACCGGACAUUGAUCAUUGGGUGUUCGACAAAAAAAAUAUUGAUGAACUCCAGAAAAGAGACUCGUAUAUUGAUUCCCAUGUAAAAUCUGAGAAUGAAACUGCUAUUGAAAUUGAUAAAGUUGAUGAUAAAAUUGACAAAGUUUCUAGAUAA